GCCUUACCUUUACACAGAGUGAGCUACUGCUCACCAACAUCUCUGAUCUAAUACCGUUGCUAGGCAAGAAAAUGUAAACAUAACAUUGUGGUUAAAGCGCUGCAUUUUAGGUGUUGAUUUCGUUUUGAACUAUUUUAUUUAUUUUAUUAAGAAAACAUUUGUAACCUGCUGUAUAAAUUUUCUCAAUGUCGGCAUGUCCACUGUAUUUAUAACAUCUCACGAUGAAAAUAUUUAUGAUACUGUGAAAGAAGUCCAACGUAAGGAACAAAAGGCAAGGUAUGUGUCGAAGCACCACAAGAGGGUGGAGGCGGACGCGAAGAAGAAGGGCGGAGAGCGCAGGACGCUGGGUCCGGCGGACGUGCCCCUCAAGGGCCCGGCGCAGUUCCUGAAGAAGCGGUCGGGCGGCCGGGCCCGGAGACCGGCCUGCGAGUGCGUCCAGCCAGGCGAGGCCCGGUGCUUCAAGCAGACGAGCCUGCCCCCUGUCCCGGGCCACACCGUCGCCGACAAGGGCGCCCCCGACAAGCAGCAGGCGUCCGUCAACUUCGUGCUGCGCAACGUGCUGAACGUGAAGCGGUCGGCCCCUCCGCAGCGCUGCAGGAGGGUCGCCUACACCAGGCACGGCGACACCCAGUGCCUUCAGCCCAACUACAUAUGCAAGAAGGCACGACGACUCCGAGAGUCGGUGGGAGGCCUGUGUGAUCCACAACAGUCGCGGACGCGGGUGUGGUUGCAGACGUUCGGCAAGAUGCCGCGCUACCUGCUGCGGAGGUUCACGCAGGAGGAGCAGGCGGAGCAGCAGCAGAGCAGCCGCGAGGCCGACGCCCGGCCCGCCGUCCGCCUCGUGACUGCCGAGGAGCAGGCAGCCUUGCUGAAGGGCAUGCGGCAGAACUGGGAGGAGCUGCAACGGGCCUUCCAGCUGCUGCCGCUGCAGACGGACACGGUGCCCAAGCAGCGACGCAAGGCCGGCCUCGAGGAGGAGCUGAAGAAGCUGGAGCACAACAUCCGCACCGUGGAGCGCCACCCGCACAUCUACGUGUACGACGACGACCUCGUUUAGGCGCUUUUCUCUCUUUCCUCCCUACCCCGCUCCUUUCCUGGAAUUACGUAUUCUUCGGACAUGAUUUUCCCAUUAGCACACGGUCACUGAAAGUUUAUGGAAUUUUUGAUUCUCUCCUGAUUCCUUUUUUUAAACCCCCUUUGGUGGUGAUCCUUUUGCGACCAACAUUUUUCGAAGGAUUUUUAAAUGGUUUCUCGCAUCUAAUUUUUCGCGAUCCUCCUCUGUUGUGGUUUUUAUUUCCGUAUCCCAUCCCAUUUUUCUUCCGUCAGACGAUUUGUCGGGCCCCUUCACCGUUACUUAAAUAUACAAAAAAAAUUUCAAACCCGAAAUUGAAAUAUAUAUUAUCUAAACACUAAAAGUUACCAUGGCCAUAACUUAUAAUGUGUCCGAUGGGUUUUAUUAGCCAUAGAUUUGUAAUUUUGGUCCUAUCAGGGUAAAUAUUUGCUUUGAAAAAAUAAUAAUUGGAAACGUAACCAGACCUCCACCUUUGCCCCCCCCCCCUCCACCCACUCACCACCUUAUACCUCGUGAUGGCUCUGUUCACAAAUGCAAAGAUACUUGCAAACUAAUACGUAUUUAAAUCACUUUCCAUAAUAAAGAAGAUUACUUUUUCCGUAAUAUUGUAACAUUUUUUUUAAGGUUAUUAAAUUUUUUGUUUUAAGACAAUAAA